GAUCGCGGCAGCCUGGUUCUACCAACGUCCUAUGGGUCAAGAGACGGAGAGCAAGAGUCGGGAAGACUCGUGCACAGAUGAAACUGGGCCGUUAAGACAGAGGUGGUGUGAAGCCUCUCACCGGCCCUCCUCAGGCAGGAAGCGACCCCUGUGAUCGAGCAGCAGCAACAACAACAACAACAUGAGCCACGAUUUCAAACCCGGGGACCUGAUCUUCGCCAAGAUGAAAGGCUAUCCCCAUUGGCCAGCCCGGGUAGAUGAAGUUCCGGAUGGUGCAGUCAAGCCACCUACAAAUAAGAUGCCUAUAUUCUUUUUUGGCACUCAUGAAACAGCUUUUUUGGGACCAAAAGAUAUAUUUCCUUAUGCUGAAAAUAAAGACAAAUAUGGCAAACCAAAUAAAAGAAAAGGCUUUAAUGAAGGAUUGUGGGAAAUAGACAACAACCCAAAAGUUAAGUUUUCCAGUCAGCCAGUGAUUAAUACUGCAGCUGUUCAAGAAACUGUUCAAGAAAGUGACUUGGAUAUAACGGAGGAAAAUGAUCAAAAAAUGGGUGCCAAACGGAAAAAGUCUACUACUCUUAAAGGACCAGUUAAACAAGAUAGUAUAGCCACUGAAGGUGGAACAGAAGAAAAAGAAAUGGAGACAUCAAAAGAUGAUGCUUCAGAAAAACCUAGCAAUGAAGAUAUAAUAAAACCAAUCGAUAUACCUGUCCCUAAAGCUGCUAGAAGGGGAAGGAAAAGAAAGGCUGAAAAACAAGCAGAAAUUGAAGAGGCAGCAGCAGUGGCAGCAGCAACAACUGCCGUGAUUACAGCUCCAAAAGCAAGCCCUAAACGAGGAAGGCCAGCUGCUACUGAGGUGAAGGUUCCAAAACCCAGAGGGAGGCCCAAAUUGGUAAAACCACCUUGUCCUCCUGAGAGUGACAUUGUUCAUGAGGAAGAUAAGAGUAAGAAAAGGGGAGCUGAAGAAAAGCCACCCAAAAAACAACAGAAAAGGGAUGAAGAAACUCAGAGGGAAGAUGACAAAGCGAGAAAGGACCCAGACAAAAAAGAAAGCAAAAAAGAAGUUGAGACAAAAAGGAAAAACACUUCUAAAGUAGGAUCAGCAUCAGCCUCUGAUUCUGAAGAAGAUGGAGAAGAGCAGGAAGACAAUAAAAAGAAAAAAGGAAGAAAUCUUCAGGGGCCUCAUAAAAGGAAUAUUUUGAAAACCCAACAUGAACGUGAAGUAGCAGAGAGAAAACAUAAGCAGGAAGAGCAAAUGGAAGGAGAGUUACCAAACAAAGAAGAAAGCAAGAAACCGGAAGCUAAGAAGAUAGAGAAAAAACGAGAAACUUCAAUGGAUUCUCGACUGCAAAGGAUACAUGCAGAAAUAAAAAACUCACUUCAAAUUGACCAUCUUGAUGUAAAUAGAUGCAUUGAGGCUUUGGAUGAACUUGCUUCGCUUCAAGUAACAAUGCAGCAGGCUCAGAAACAUGCAGAUAUGAUUUCAACACUUAAGAAAAUACGAAAGUUCAAGGUCAGCCAAGUUAUUAUGGAAAAGUCCACUAUGCUCUACAACAAGUUCAAGACUAUGUUUCUUGUUGGAGAAGGAGAUACUGUCCUUUCACAAGUGUUAAAUAAAUCUCUGGCUGAGCAGAAGCAGCAUGAGGAAGCAAACAAAACCAAAGAACAGUGGAAGAAAGGACCAAGCAAGAAAGCUGAAAAAGAAAGAGAGCAAACAGGCACAAAAAUAGUGAAUGGUGCUUCAGAUUCUCAAGAUACAAGCCAGUCACAACAGAAUGGAGACAGUGCAGAAGAAAAAAGAGAGAAACUUGAUUCUGCUAGUAAGAAAAAGAUGUCUGGUGAUGGAAGAGAACAAGAGAAAACGAAGGGUUCCACCUCUGAAAAUGAAUGAAUGGACCCCAAAUUUUUGUAAAGGUCAUUUAAGAAUGAUGAUAAGUGUUUGCAUUUGAGAGCUAGAUUCCAGAAACUUUUAAAUAAUUUUAUAAGCAUAGUAUUUUAAUGUGUACAAUUUCAUUGGGAUUGUGAAGAAUCUCCCUUUAAUCUUCAUUUUUAAAGUAUUUAAACCUCCUGAUUGUAUUUGGCAGAGUAUUAACAAGCAAUAUUAUGUUCUGAUGUAAAGACCAAGUUAUUUUAGAGACUGAAAUGUCUUUCUGUGUUUCAAGGUUAGUAAUGUAGUAUGUUAACUGACUACAGUAUGCUCAGCUUUUGGCUAAUGACAGAAAAACUAACUUUUCCUUUAAAAUUGCCAAACUGCUUUCUUUGUAUAAAUUUGUUUUCUUUCUAUUGUUUGUGCAUAGUUUUCAAAACUGUUAUUUGCCAAACUGUUCAUUUGUGCUUUGUGAGAAACUAGGAGCAUUUUGUAGCUAUGUUAUGUAUGAGUACCUUCAGUCAGUCCUUUUUCAGAAGUUAGUUUUGUUCCUGGAAACUAAUUGUGGCUGUUUAUUAUGUUCUAACUUUCCUGUGGUAUGCUUUUGGUAUUAUUAUCAAAAUAAGGAAACUCAUGUUUCCAUUAAAAUUAUUGAUGCACAUUGGUCGCAAAACACUGUCUUGAAAGAAUUUGGGUUUUUUUCAAA